AUGCUUUUCCGAGACCUUGAAUUUUUGAUUUCAAAGCUUAGCUUUUGCGCAAGCUUCACCCUGAAUUUUUUUGUGAUCUACCUCACCUUGUUUUAUAUCGAGAGAGUUUUUGAAACAUAUCGAAUAAUGAUCGUUGCUUUUGCAUCAUUGGGCAUUAUUUACUCAGGACUGGAAGUUUUUAUAAAACCAUAUCUCCACGUCUACAACAAUUGUAUUUUGUACUUUAGUUUGUCCACGUGGAUUUCUGCAAAACCUCUUUUGCCGUGGCUUUUUGCAAUUUGGUCAGGAAUGUAUUUGGUGGUUAUUGCAUUCAUUUCCAUCCAGUUUAUCUAUAGAUUCAUGAAUUUUUUCAAUCCAAGAAAAAUGAGGAUGUUCAAAGGGGUUCGAGUGAUUUUCUGGUUAGCAUAUCCAUUGGUUCCUGGUGCAAUUCAGGUUGGAGCAUUGUUCAUCUUUUGUUCUCCGGAUGAAUAUUCAACUGUUACUUUGAGAGAGAUAGUCCUCGAAACCUACGAUUUAAUGAUCAGCGACGUUGUCAGGUUUCCAAUAAUACCAUAUGACGCUGAUGGAGCUUGGAGAUUCAACAAUGCAUGUUUCCUUCUUACAUGCGUACUACUAAUUUUUGGUCACUACUCGAUUAUUAUAUUCUGUGGACUCAAAAUGCACUUGAAUAUGACGCAGCAACUCAAAAAGUUUUCGAAAACAAACGGCGAACUUCAACGUCAAUUUUUCAAGGCACUAGUUUUCCAGUGCAUCGGACCAACCCUAUUCUUGAUUUUACCAAUUGCACCUAUCCUGCUAGCAAAUAUAGCUUACCGAUUUUGGAAACUAGAAGUCAACUGGAAAGCCGGAUGGAUAUUCUCUAUAAUUGGGUUGUAUCCUCCAUUCGAUAGUAUUUCAUUCAUAAUUAUUGUUUCCGAAUAUCGAAAUGUGAUAAGAGAUCGGUACUGGGAUACGUUUUUUGGAAGCUCAAAGAGGAAUAAAACACGUGGAAACUACACCAAUUCGCCGAUUAGAUUGGAAAUUGACAGUGUUAUGAAUUAA